AUGGGUGAAUCUCAAUACUACCAAGAUACCGUGUCCUCCAUCAAAGCCUAUCAGCGCCGAGCCGAAGCAAAGGAGAAUUGGAUAGAACCAACCGACAUCCCAAACACAGUGAUCUCCUUCGCCGAGGAGGAAACGGCAGGAAUCGAUCGACCUCACAAUGAUCCGUUGGUGAUUGAGUUAACGAUCAGGGAUCAUGACGUAGCAAGGGUGCUCAUCGAUACUGGAAGCUCAGUGAACGUCAUCUUCAGGGAAACACUUAGAAGAAUGGGAAUCGACCUCUCUGAGGUGGAAGCAAUCCCCAAACCUUUAACCGGAUUUUCAGGAGAAACAACGAUGACUAUGGGAACGAUCAGGCUUCCUAUGGUAGCUGGCGGAGUCACUAAGAUCGUCGAAUUCUGCGUCACUGAUCACCCAGCAAUCUAUAAUGUGAUCAUGGAAACUCCAUGGAUCAACGGGACAAGGGCGGUACCCUCCACCUAUCAUCUCUGCCUCAAAUUCCCAACUCCGGCGGGUGUCAAAACGAUCUGGGGGAAUAAGAAGGAGUCACGAAUGUGCUGCCUGGCCGAGCACAAGCUGAGGAACCCCUUCGCGGAGAGCCGCGAAACACGCGCCGAGCCGGUAUGUGAUGCAGUGGACUCAGUGUGCAUAGACGAGGCGCGUCCAGAGCGAUGCGUCGAAAUUGGAACAAAACUAGAAGAACCUCUGAGAAGCGAACUCCUUUCCCUCCUCAAGGAGAACAACAACACUUUUGCCUGGACAGCGGAAGAUAUGCCAGGCAUAAGCAUCGACGUAACCUGUCACGAGUUGAAUGUGGAUCCGACCUUUAAGCCAGUCAAGCAGAAAAGAAGGAAACUUGGCCCCGAACAAGCUAAAGCAGUUAACGACGAAGUCGAGAGGUUACUCAAAGUAGGAUCAAUCGCCGAGGCCAAAUAUCCGGACUGGCUCGCAAAUCCGGUGGUCGUGAAGAAGAAGAACGGCAAGUGA